UCACUUUCUCAUUUCAUUUUCUCAUCUUUCCUUUCCUCUGCUCCUUAGAAACUUCCAAGCCAAACAACAACAUGAACAGAGGUGGUAGUGGAAAACUAACAAAGCUCAAGUCAGUGCUCAAGAAAUGGAACUCCUUCAGCACCAACAACAAGCAGAGUCGCGCCGUCGCCAACAAUGAAUCCUCUUCUUCCUCACCAGAACGGGAGUUAUGUCCCGUACUGGUGGGGAAGACGCGAAGACGCUACCUUGUUAGCUCCGAUGUUAUCGGGCACCCGCUCUUCCGGGAGCUGGUGGAUCGGUCACGCGGCGAGACCAAUGAGGAGGAGGAGGACACCAUCAACGUGGCCUGUGAGGUUGUCCUGUUCGAGCACCUGCUAUGGAUGCUGGAGAAUGCUGAUCCUCAACCAGAUUCGUUGGACGAACUUGUCGACUUCUAUGCAUGCAGAUAAAUAAUGCUUCCUGAGUUUUCAAUUUUCAAAUGCAUUUACUGCAGCGGUUAUAUUUUCCGUUGCGAAUGCAAUUGUUGUUCUAGUUAUGAUUAAGAUGAGUGCGAAGCCUCUUAAGCUUAAAGCUAUUAGGAGCAAACCCUUAAUUAUAAUAUCCUUUAUAUCAUAUAUAUAUAUAUAUAUAUAUAUAUAUAUAU